UCUGACGGGGGGAGGUUGUGUGUGUGUGUGUCUCUGCCCCCUUACAUCAUUGUUAUCUACGUUUUGGCUGAUACUGAGGGAUAGAAAUAAGGAAAUAAGGGGAUAAUAGUGAUAAAUAAGAGGAGAAAGACUGAAGUUGAUAUGUGGAGUUAGAGAGGAAGUGUUGGAAUUGUGAAAAUUUGGAAGUAGGAAACGAAAAAAAAAAUCCAACUUGUCGAUUUUUUUGCUAUUUUUUGUGGUUUUUUUGUGACCUAAUUAUAACAAGGUGAAGGAAGACAGGUGAGAAGGAAGGAAGAAGAGGAAGAAAGAACAGAAGGAAAGAAGGGAAGGAACGAAGGAAGAAGAGAAGAGAAGAGAAGAGAAGAGGAAAGCAGAAAUCAAGACAGCAUCCACCCUUCCCCCACCCAUUCCCGAGGGCGUGGGAGGCAUGGGCGUGCGUGGGCGGUGGGCGUGGCCGUGGGUGGUGGUGGUGGCGGCGGCGGCGGUGGUGGGGGCCAGGACACCAUCAAGAGGAGUGAAUGAGAUUGAGGCGUUUGUGAAGAGACUGGAGUAUGAAGUCCGUCAAGGUAGUGGAGGUGGAGCCGUGUACCAGGUGGAAGGUGGAGCACAGGUGGAUCUCAACCUGUUACCUGAUGAUGUGAUCGUUCGACAGGUGGAAGAUGGGCUGGAUGAGGAGUUUGAUCUUGUGGAUGAAGCAAAUGGAGAUAAAGAUGAAGGGAAGAGGAAGAACACAACGGACAGGGCAGCAGAAGACAGGCAGCGGUCACUCAUGUACCAGGGCGUGUAUGUACCAGACGGCCGCUUCAACGCCUUCGUGGAUGGGGUGAUGGUCAACAUGGUGGUGGAAAUGAAGAGGAGGCAGAUGGAUCCACUCUACUUCAGGAUCUACAGCAGAGGCAUUGUGGAACACGUGCCCAUAAUAACAGGCGGCUCAUCCUCCACCACCACCACCACCUCCUCCACCACCGCCUCCCCCCCGUCCUCCUCCUCCUUCCUCCCCCCCUCCACCUCCUCCACCAGGAAUGGAAGGCAGCGGGGUAACCCUAUAGGGGGGGGCGUGAUCCGUGGACUGACCAACAUCAAGAGGUUUGGCAACGCUGAAGUGCAGAUUGCUGGCAACACCACACUGGUACGCAGUCAUUAUGUGCUGGGUCCAGUCAACCUGGAGCUUCUGUUCACCACCGAGAGGGGCGUGAGGGCGGUCAACUGUACCCUAGACGCCCUCGCCGCCCACGCCCUCACGCAGGUCAACGGAUCCGCCCCCACCUCCAACUCCUCUUCCUCCACCUCCUCCUUCAUCUCCUCCACCUUCAGUAACUCCUCCUCCACCCUCAUCGAUUUCAUUAUAGACAGGCCUGCCGACUACGAGGUUCAUCUUGAGGGGGCCAAAAGCGAGCGGUACCGUCGCCUGAGCCUUGCCGCUAUUCAGAGGCUCUUCAAACCUACAGGGAGGCUGGAGCGACGGCUUGCAAGGGCGUACGGCAGGGCAAGGCGAGCUAGGAUACCAGACGUGACAAAGAGGUCUGGCAGGGGCGGGGGAAGGGGUGGGAGGAAGAAUGGGAAUAGGAGGAAUGGGAAUGGGAAGCGUGGGAAUAGUACAGAGGCGACCACUACUCCUGAAUUGCCGUGAGUGAGAGUGGACGUAGGAAUGGGAAUGGUCGGCGUGGGAAUGGUGAAGUGAAUAUGGCGAGUCGAACUUAUGAAUUACCUUGAGUUGGAAUGGGAAUGGGAAUAGGGAACUAGGAACUGAAGCCGUGGGAAUGGUAGAGCGACGGGUAGUACUGAUUUUGCCUGAGUUGGCUGAAGUGGGAAUAGGAAUGGGGGGUGAGGUUGAGUAGGAAUGGGAAUGGGAAUGGAAAUAGGAUGAAAGUGGGAAUGGGAAAGCUGAUAAUACUUGGAAUGAUAAUGGGGAUACGGAGGAAAGUAGGAAUGGGAAUGGGAGGAAGAAGAAGAAGAAGAAGAAGAAGAAGAAGAAGAAGAAGAAGAAGAAGAAGAAACCGAAGCACACAACAACACAAACAAUAACAACAACAAUAACAAUAUAAGCACAAUAUAUAUGUAAACAAACACUA